AUGGAGAGACUAAACCUCGGACCGACGACACCUAGUACCCAUCAUUUAUCGUCCAAAGAAGAAGAAGCAAGUAUCUUUCCUACACCAUCCACCUCGCCUUCCUCCCUCUCCGCUGCCCCCUCAAUCAAACUCUCCUUCUCCUCCUACCUCUCUACCGCAUCCGUCGAAGAAGAUUCCCCAUUUCCCGAAGUCCGUGCCUCUGUAUCCAACAUCGAUGACCCAGAAAUGCCGGCGAUGACAUUCCGCAUGUGGAUUGUGGGGUUAAGCCUGUGCAUGCUCAGCGCUGCGUUGAAUGUGUUCUUCAACUUUCGAAGCCCGGCGCCGAGUGUGGUGCCGAACGUGUUGCUGUUACUGGGUUAUCCGAUGGGCAAGGGGUUGAGUUUCUUGUUGCCGAUAAGGACGUUCAGGAUUCCUCUGCCAAGGUGGCCAGCAUGGAUGAAGAAGAAGACUGCAGAUUCGUCAUCUAUGGACUUCCCUUCUCCACCUCCGUCGUUCACGUUCUCGCUGAACCCCGGCCCGUGGAACAUCAAAGAACAUGGCCUGGUCUUCAUUAUGGGUAACGUAGCUAUCUCAUCUCCGUACGCCAUCAACGCCAUCGUCGUCUCAGAAAUUUACUACAACCAAAUCUGGGGAUACUGGUUUUCUCUCGUCUUGGUCCUUGCUACGCAGUUGACAGGAUUCGGGCUUGCGGGUCUGUGUAGGAGGUUUUUAGUAUGGCCAGCGAGUAUGGUGUGGCCACAGAAUCUGGUGGCGUGUACGUUAUUGAACACGUUGCAUGCCGAAGAAGAGGGCGAGGAUCUGGAGGAUGAUGAAGAGAGUAGGAGGUGGGAGGCAACUCAGAGUGGACAGCAUGGUAAACGCCGUACCCGCCGACCUAUAACACGUUACCGUUUCUUCCUCUACAUCACCCUCUUCAACUUUAUAUUCUUCUUCCUCCCAGGAUUUCUUUUCACGGCGCUGAGUAUAUUCAGCUUUAUAUGCUGGGCUGUUCCCGAGAACGUGGUGGUCAACCAACUGUUUGGGGUAUAUUCUGGGAUGGGGAUGAGUGUGGUCACGGCGGAUUGGACACAGAUCUCAUGGAUAGGUUCUCCGCUUAUGGUCCCCUGGUGGGCCCAGGUCCACAUCUUUGGUGGGUUCGUUGCGUUCUUCUGGGUGUUGACGCCGAUAUUGUACUAUACGAAUUCCUGGGACCUUUCCUACUUCCCCAUCUCCGACAACCAGCCAUACGACCGCUUUGGGCUUCCAUAUAACAUUACUCGUGUACUCACGAAAGAUGAUAUUUUCAAUCAGACGGCGUAUGCAGAGUAUAGUCCCUUGUAUUUGCCUGCGACGUAUGCUGUCUGUUACUUAAUCGCAUUCGCCCUCUCCACUUGCGUAAUCACCCACACUCUCCUCUACCACGGCAAAGCCCUACUCGCGGGUGUGAAGAGGAUUAGAGUUGAGAGCGACGAUAUCCAUGCGAAACUGAUGAGAAGUUAUCCGGAGGUGCCGGAGUGGUGGUACCUCCUCUCUAUCGUGACCUUCUUCAGUCUUGCCAUCAUCGCAGUUGAAGUCUGGCACGCCGGUGUCCCGAUCUGGGCUCUCCUUCUUGCCAUCGCGUUACCGGUGAUUUAUAUCUUGCCGAGUGGUUUUAUAUAUGCGAUGACUGGGCAAGGGAUAACCCUCAACAUCGUCGCGCAGAUCAUUCCUGGCACCCUUCUUCCAGGAAACCCAAUGGCGAACAUGGUGUUCAAAGCUUAUUCCGUACAGACUCUCUCCGAAGCAACUAGUUUCGUGCAGGAUUUGAAGUUGGGACAUUAUAUUAAGAUUCCGCCGAGGGCUACCUUCUUGGUCCAACUAAUAUCCACCAUCCUCGCCUCUUUUGUACAGGUCGGCGUCAAACAGUGGAUAUUUGCUCACGUACCAGAUAUAUGUCAACCAGGCCAAAAGAGUCAAUUGACAUGUCCGCAUAAUCAGGUGUUCUUCACUGCGAGUGCUGUUUGGGGUCUCAUUGGGCCUGCGCGGCAAUUCGGUACCGGUUCCAUCUACCACCCGCACCUGUACGCCAUCGCUAUUGGUGCGGUCCUCCCUAUCCCAUUCUGGUUAUGGCAGAGAAGAUACCCGGGAAGCUGGAUUAGAUAUAUGAGUACACCGGUGAUAUUAAAUGGGGUCAGCGCGAUUCCGCCUGCGACUGGCAUAAACUAUUCGUCUUGGUUCGCAGUCGGGUUCAUCUUCCAAUACCUCAUCCGGAAGCGCAACUUUGCCUGGUGGGCAAAGUUCAACUACGUUACGAGCGCAGCGUUCGAUUGUGGGACGGUUAUAAGUUUGAUUUUCAUUUUCUUUACGUUACAGUUCCCAAAAGGCGGCACGAUCUUCGUUAAUUGGUGGGGCAACACUGUGUUCACUAACACUGCGGACUUUCUUCGCACGCCGCUCAAGGCGAUUCCAGAAGGUGGUCUCUCAUAA